AGAUCAAAUAACAGGAAAAGGAAGAAGAAGAAGAAGAAGAAGGUGUUAUGCAGGGUAAAUUGAUGAGAUUUCUGUUUACAUUUUGUCUUGCACUGACGACAAGUGGCUUCCUUUGCCUCCUCUAUAUAUCCUCGUCUGAGAGGCAUCGACGUCCUGCAGCUCCUGAUAAGGGUAUUCCUGGCAAGUGUUGGUCUAUGUUCAACAUCGGGGUUCAGAAAUAUCCUAAACGAAAUUUUGGAAACGGGCUGGCUCCUGGAACAAGCUAUUACGAGGAAGUCAGUGAGAGUUUACCCACUCUUCUCCGGACACUUCCAAAUGGAACCCUGGAUUUAUUACCCAAGUCGAGACUUCAGAUUACCGGAGGGAGGCUGGACUAUCUGGACUGCGGCAUAAGAAUGUACGACGCCAAGGAUGUCAUGAAAUGCUCUGCUUUGCGGCGAAAUGGCCGAGACGGACCUCUGUGGAUUGCUUUUGUUGGAGACUCAAAAAUGCGAGACACAUUCAAAGGAUUUCUCAAUAUGACGCCAAAUUUCAAUUGGCAUAUCUAUAAUACUUCCUCAAAAGAGGUCACUUCAACCACUUGGGAAACAUUUGCUUCAACGCAUCACCCGAAGUUUCAGCAGUCUGUUAGUGUUAAGGGAGCACUGGAUUCAAGAGUUGACUUAGUCUGGGCAACUCAUGGGCUUAAUAUUUAUAAAAUCGCAAAGGUGCCUCAAGAGGAACUAGAGUACUGGGCGUACGAAGCAUCACAGGUGCCGGACGUUGUCGUCAUAGGAUUUGGGGCAUGGUCCAUUACUGGGGGAUUUGCAUCGGAUCAUGAAAGUCUCAACCCAUUCACUGAUUGCGUAGAUGAAUGGAUGAAAGCAAGCAAGGUCUUGGAAAUUCUUUCCCGACGUACACCAGUCAUUGCUUGGGCUCAGUCACGAUCAAGAGAAUUUACUGCUAAGCGUUAUGCGGUCAAUGGGUGGUCUGGUUCAAACACAGAUGACGAAUCUCUCAACAAUGAAACAGCAAAUGAUCGUUUCUACAGAGUUUCAUAUUACACUCGCCAUUUAUCCACUGGAGCUGAGUGGGCUGAUGAAGCAAUGCACGUGGCACUCCUCAACUCCAAUAUCAUUAUUUGGGACUCGAUGUUACCCUCGGGCCUCCUGAACAUCAAGGAGUGCCAAUCCCUAUACGACGCCGGGAUGAUGGAACAUCCAACAUAUUUCGCACAUGCAUGUCAUGACGACAUUCACCCAGACCAAUUCACAAUUAGGGAUGAACAUACGAUGAUCCUGAAUUUACUAUGCAAUCAUCACAUGGACAAUAAUGGUUCUCGAUAUUGUUGUCCAUAG